GCAUAUAUCCGUGCUAAAAAGGAUUUACAAGAGUACGAGGAAAUUCCUGGAAUAAACAUCAAGUAUGACGAAGCAAAUCCAAUGAGAAUCGACCUAGAGGUCUGUCCCAACGAGGGAUUAUACCAGGGCGGCAAAUUCAAGUUCAUCUGCGAGGUUCCAGAAGACUAUCCUAAUCGAGCUCCAGAAUUCAAAUGCCUGCAAAAAAUAUACCAUCCCAACAUCGAUCUGGAGGGCCAUGUUUGUCUCAACAUCCUGCGAAACGACUGGAAACCAACACUGACUCUACAGUUGGUGUUUGCUGGAAUUCUGCAUCUGUUUUUGCAGCCAAAUGCCAACGAUCCCCUGAACAAGGACGCCGCCAACGACUUGUCAAAAUACCCUGCCCAGUUCAAGAGGCACGUUCUGAACGCUAUGGCAGGAGGAUAUGUGGGCGACGAGAAAUUCGAUAAAGUGGUAGACUACCCAGACAGAAGAUACCUAUGA